AUGGACAUCUAUUUUGAGCGAGAAAUCUCAAGGACUGAGGCAGAGCUGAAGAAGCUCAAGGACGCGGAGGAAAAGGUCCCGAUGCGCAUCGUCAGGCGAUAUGCGGCCGCGGCGCAUCGAGCCAUGCUCGGUGUGCUGAAUGACAACGCCGGCUUGAUGGACAUGGUCGGACCGCUACCCGAGGGCUUCACAUUUCCUCGUCCAAAACCUGGGGCGGAGGUGGCCGACGAAGAGAUGCCUGAUGCCGACGAAGUUCAACACCAAGAUGAGCGUGACCAGAAGGAUCAGCCAAAGGUGCUCACGGCCCGUGAGCCGUCCCCGGUGCCCGCUGUCGAGGGUGCUGACGGUGGCUCCGUGCAGCCGCCAGAACCUCAGCCGAAGAUGGAGGAAGUGGAAACAGAAGGCCUGGGUCUUCCGCCGCUCCCGACUAUUGAAGAAACGAAGCCGGGGCCCGAGAACGUCGAGAUUCAAGGUGUUCAAGAAGCCUUAGCUGACGUAGUACCGCCGCCUCGAUCCGCGUCAGUAUACGACCACUCCGCUAUUGCAGGCACACUAGGAGACUUCCCUCAUCCGUUCGAUCAACCGGAAACCGCGAGGAGCAGUGCGUCGCCAGACGAGGAGAGCGAGGACAGGACGGAGGAUGAUGCGAGCGUUUAUGGCAGCGUGGAGGCCGUCAGGGAGUACUCUGCCACGCCACCUACCGAAGACCUUCCGAUCUACAAUGUUAAGCCGUGGUACCAGAGCCGGAGAGUUCGGAAAUUGGCCACCGAAUCGCCCGAGUUCGUCGAGUUUAUGGAAGGUCACAUCCGGGACCAGGCGUCAGCCACCACUCUUUUGCAAGACGAAUCAAGGCGAGAAUAUGCCAAGAGCUACGAGAGGUAUCUACGAUUCACGCUUUCCAACGAUCCGGCUGCCGUCAAGAGCCGGGAUUACUUUACCGCGUCCGGUGUGCAGUCCGGAACCACGGGCAAAGCGGCAAGCUCGGACUCCAAGCCUGAAGGGGGUAGAAGAGCGGCAGGCCGCGAAAGCCGAUUCGCGACUGAACUGGACCUUGAGGCCGCGAUCAAGGAGUCAAUGCGCGAACACCAGGAGAGGAAGGAGCGGGAGGAGAGAGCACAGAAGGAGAAAUACCGCAGUGAUAAGGAGGCGGUUAUCCCGGAUAUGUUCUGGACCGACGAGGAGAAAGAGCAAGUCUCGUUCUACGACACUUCCGGGUUGCUGCCCCUGGAGAAGGUGGUUGCGGCCUGGCAGGUUGUCCCUGGCCACGUCAACUUCACCGAGGAAGAGGCGGAGAAAUUCGAGAAGGCGUAUCUCGAAGCGCCGAAGCAGUGGGGCAAAAUAGCGAAGGAAUUGCCGGGUCGUGAUCCAGGAACGUGCAUCCUGUACUACUAUGCGAAGAAACGCGAGCUCAACCUUAAGGACAAGCUUAAGAAGCAGCCUAAGAAGCGCAGGAAGGGCCGAGGGAAGCAGCGCUCGAGUGCAUUGGUAUCCGAGCUGGGCAACGCCGAGAACGAGCCGGAGGAAGCAGCAGCCCAGGAGAGCGGCGAGAAUGGCGAACGCCGCCGCCCACCUAGGAGAGCGGCAGCACCAGUCUGGCCACACGAGGCUACGCCGAAUGCAGACUCUGAAGGCACGACUCCGGUUCCGACGCCCGGACGGCGGAAGGCCGGAGUGGCCGCCGACGGCAAGAACGAGACUGGUGCCGAGAAGCCGGAGGGCAAGAGAGUGCGGGGCAAGGGCCGUCAGCCGAAGGCGGACAAGGAGGCGAGGGUGCCGAAGCAGCUGGCACAGGCACCCGGCGCUGCUGCACCUCUGUCCGUGCCGGGCAAGACCGGCAGGUCGCGCGCCAACUCCAAGGCCCAGGGCCCGGAGUGGGCAUCGCCGCAAACCCCCGUCGACCUCGGCGCCCGUGUGCCUCUCCACUUUGAGGCUCCUCAUGGGGGGAUGCAGCCACCCCUGGUUCCGGUCCAGCAACCGCCGUUCACGCAUACUGACAGAGCGGUGCCUCCGAUGGCAUCCACCAUCUCGGAGGUCAUGGCGCCGCCCUCGCUCCGCCCUGAGCCCCCGCCGCCGCCGCCGCCCGCUUCCAUACCCACGUUCGAGAUCGCUCAGCCAGUUGGGCCGGAGCGCAUCCGGACCCCGCAGCAAGCAUCAAGCUACUGGAGUGUGUCGGAGGCUACUGACUUCCCUGGGUUGCUGCGUGCGUUCGGCACGGACUGGUCUAAGAUUGCCAACCACAUGCAGACCAAGACCGCCACCAUGGUCAAGAACUACUACGUUCGAAAGAUCAAGGAGGGAGGCAAGCCCGAGUGGGAACAGAUCGCCCUGGAGGCCGACGCAAAGCUCCAGCGAGGCGAGAAGCGGCCGGCGCCGCCGACGCCGACACAAGGGCCGCGCAAGAGAUACGACGUGUCGUCUGCAGGACAUCGGCCCCUUGCCGCUGCCGAGCCCGAGGAGCCAAUGCUGACCAAGGUCGAGCCGCAGCAGAACAACCAGCCGUUCUCACGCUUCCAGGUGCCAAUCGCCCAAGCCGCUCCCGUGUCCCAUCCGCACGUUUCACCAGUGCAACCUGUUCAGGGCGCAAUGGCUUCCAUGCCUCCUGCCUCCUCCGCCGCAGCGCCACAGGCGCCGCCAAGUGGCCCGGCCGUCACACAGGGAAUGUCCCCGCACAUUCACCCACAUCCUCUCCGGCCGCCGGCUUCCGCCUUCGCAUAUCCCGAGAGAGACGCGGAGACGCCCCCGGCAGCCGCUCAACAGCCCGUCCGCAUCACGCAGAAGCCUGUUCCCACGACUGCUCCGAUGGCCGAGCCCGCACCGCGGCCGGCUGGGUGGGUUCCCGACCUCGGCCAGCAGUUCGCGAUGCUCGCACAGGCAAAGGAAACUCAGGUGGCCCGUGAAGCCCGGGAGCGGGAGCGGCAGAGGCUAGACCUGGCACAGCGCGAGUCCCCUCGACCGGUGGAACGCGCCCCGCUGCGGAUGAAACAGGAGCCCGAACAAGCGCUCCGUCAUUCGGAAGCGUUCCCUCAAUACCAACAGCCACCACAGCGCGUCGUGUCGUCCCGGAUCGAGCCAGCUCCUAUGGCGCGACAAUCGGAGCCUCCGCGUGUUACCGCAUCAGCAGCCCAGGUAUAUGCACCGCCCAUGCAGCAGCCACCUACUCAGGUCCCACAGCCGAGCGAGCGACCACUGUCAACCAUGCAGCGACAGACGCCCGUCUCAAUGCAGGAGCAGUACGGUGCAGUUCCUGUCUCUGCAACUGCUGUUCCUCCUCCUCAGCCGCAGCAAGCUCAACCCCAACAACCCGCACCAGCCCCACCGCGAGCGCCGGAACGCAAGAUCAAUGUCAUGUCGUUGCUCAACACGGAAGAGGAGGCACCUCCACCGAAGAGAGUGGCCGACAUGUCCGCAGCCAAGACGAAUUCCACGCCGCCGCCUCAGCCAACGAGUCGCCAGCCACCAACAACAGCCAUCCGGGAGAUGGAGACGGGGUACACGUUUGUUCGCAACCCUGCGCAAGUACCGCCGUCAGCAAUCCCGCCGCUGAAGCCAUACCACACCCAAUCACCUCAACCUGGACACGUGCGGGUGCCCAGCGGCGGAAUCCCGUCGGGCAUGGAUCCCGCGGCCGAGCCUCCACGAGAUUACUAUGGGAGACAUUCAUACCAGCCGCAGCACUCGGUGAGUGUCGCAAACUCGCCACAGACACAUCAUUACGCGCAGCCGGGCCAACACGCCGCACAACAACAGGCACAACAAACCUACGCCGGCUACCAAGGGCAGCAGCCAUACCAGGCUUAUCAAGUCAACCAGCCGCAUGCGGCCUCGCCCACGCCACAGUAUGCAGCCCAUCCCGCCAUGCCGGGUAGGCGCGAGCCUCGGACGCCGUCUGGUCGUGAGCCAUGGCCACAACAGCAGCAGCAGCAGCAGCAGCAGCAACAGCAGCAGCAACAGCAACAACGAGAACAGCAGCAACGAGACCAGCAACAGCAGCAGCAACAACAGCACGGUCUACUUCAACGUCAUUACCACCAGCAUCAUCAGCAGCAGCAAUCGGCGUGGCCUGCAUCUCAUCAAGCACCGCCCAAGGCCUCCCAACCGUCCAUCCCGACGCAGUCAGCAUGGGGCGCACAACACGGAGGCCCGGGUGUCCAGCCCAAGCCAGCCGUCAGCAGCCCGCUCCCGCCACAGCAGCAGCAGCAGCAGCAGCACUCCUGGCCAACGUCCGGCUCCGGUCACCAAUCCUCUCACUCUCUCGGCAGCCUACGAGGUGAACCGCGUGGCCCGCCCGUCUAUGACACACAGAGCCCCACAACGGCUGGCAUGGUUUCCCAUCACCAACAGCAUGGCUCCCUGGGCGGUCAAUCGCGGUUCCCUCUCGCUCAGGACUCGAGGCGGGUAGCGGAGACUGUUCCUCAAUCGUCCGGUCAACCUUACGUACGAUUUACCGGCACGCCUAACCCUGCACAACAAGCCCGGGACGCACGGGACCCGGCGGCGGUCGGCGUCAACCGUAGCUACACGCCCGUCAGUGCCGGCGGCUUUGAUCCGCGUGGCCCACCGCAGCAAGGUCCACCGCCUCCGGGUCAGCCAGGCGCACCCCAGGGCUACACUUCGUUGUCGCAACAGCAGCAGCAGGAACUAGCCUUGAGGGAACAGCAUAUGCGGGAGGCGCAAAUUCGGGAGAUGCAGCAGCAGCAUGGGCCAAACUCGAGGAAUCUACGGGAGCAACAAGGUGGCGAUGCCGGUUUGAUAUUGGGACGGCAGCUGAGGCCUGGGCCGCCGGAGGGGCCGCAGAAUCCUGGCCCUGGCUCGAUGGGCUUGUAUGAACGGGAGGGGAGGAGGUAUUAA